UGCAGGAUCAGACGAAGAACAAUAUGACAGAAGCCGUAGUAGACUGGCAGGUGCUCAAGUUUCAGCCGUGGAACAGCGCGCCGGACGUGUCCUUCUGGCAGACGCUCGCGUCGCUCAAGCUUGACAAGUUCCAGCUGAACGACCAGGCACAAGACAUUACGGGUUAUUUUACGCCAGGGAGGUCCGUGAACGUCCCUGCACGCUUCACUAUCGACGAGAGUGCUUUUGCUAGUGCGCAAGGGACCCAAGAGAGCAGGUAAAGCCACGGUAUAAAAUAUGUGAUCCAACCGAGUCUCAUAUUUUAUAUGUGGGUUGGUAGGGACGUGGAUCGUGCUCGAUACGAGUGGCAAGCCCCUGGGCUGCUGUUCAACACAAAUACCCUAGAGGUUGGUGCUGGUGAACUACUAAACUUUAUGUUCCCUCAAGUAGACGAUGCGACUCUUACAAUUAAUAUUAUUAAUGCAGGAUUUUAAGAAGCUGGACAAGGCCAAACUGCUUCGAGAUGCCGGAGACAAGAUCUUAGAUCUAAUACUUGGGAACGAGGACGAGGACAUCUCCACCGACCACCUAAACAGCUUCGUGUUGAUCACUUUUGCCGACCUCAAGAAACAUUCCUUCCUGUACUGGUUCGGCUUUCCGGCGUUGUCUCCCCCAGCCUCAUUCCAGUAUCGAUCUCCUCCUUCGUCGGUAUCCUCGGUUUUGUCGUCCAAAGAGCAGGUUCAGACGCUUCGAGGUCUGCUUAAGUUGCGCCAAGUGAACUGUGAGACUGGUGCAGUGGAGGGCAACUUUGCGUCCUUCUUCGUGGUAGAACGUCUGGCAAAUAGUGACUGCAUCGUGAGAGUUUUGGAUAUUAAGACGUGGAGAGCAGCAGAUCAUACCACAACAGACGUAGUGGACACGCUCUUCGGCUUCGUCGACCCUUGUCCAUUGAAGACGAACCCUGGGUGGCCUCUACGCAACUUUCUGGCGCUCUUGACAGCACUACCGGGUGAGAAAGUGGACUGUUCGCAACCCCUGAAGAUCAUUUCGUUCCGAGAGCAUGUGCAUCAGUUCACUGACGUCCCUGAAGACUUCGAGUGGAAAAAUUCCGUCAUCUUUGAAGUCAAAAGCGAGCCGUUCAUGGCCAACGGCCGGUCCCGACAAGAUGUGCGUGUUAUGGGCUGGGAAGCGAACGUUCGCGGCAAAAUGGGACCUCGAGUGAUGGAACUUGGAGGCAUUUUGGACCCAAUUCGACUCGCAGAGACGUCGGUGGAUCUGAAUCUCAAGCUGAUGAGGUGGCGUCAAUUGCCGUCUCUGGACUUGGAGCUGUUAGCUCAGACCAAGUGUUUGCUGCUUGGCGCAGGGACUCUCGGCUGCUAUACUGCUCGCAGUCUGCUCUCGUGGGGUUUCCGCAACAUCACCUUUGUGGAUAACUCCACUGUGAGUCACUCGAAUCCUGUUCGCCAGCCACUUUUUGAGUUCCAAGACGUCGGCAAACCCAAGGGCGAGUGCGCUGCUAACGCUUUGAAGCGCAUUUUCCCACUCGUGAACUCCCAGGCAGUGAAUCUGACAAUCCCCAUGGCAGGACAUGCAUUGAGUAGCCCCCAGUUGAUGGACGAAGCCAGAAUCGGAUUGGAGACACUGGAACAGCUAAUCGAGUCGCAUGACGUCAUCUUUCUAGGCACAGACUCCCGUGAGAGUCGCUGGCUUCCCACUGUGAUCGCCUCGUCCAAGAAGAAACUAUUUCUGAAUGCAGCGUUGGGCUUCGACGGCUACCUUGUGAUGCGUCAUGGCGUUCAUCCUGAUGGUGACGCUACUAAACCAUCGCUGGGCUGCUACUUCUGCAAUGAUGACAAUAGUCCACCGUAG